UUUAUGAGUCAAAGCCACUCUCUAAUAUGGUUUUCCUUCAACAUCUUUACAAGCUUCGGAAGAUGGCGUGCCUCUCGGCCAGUGUGGUCUUACUUGUGGCCCUUUCCAGCACAUUUGAAUUUGGACUCGUAGCUGGGCUGGGCCACCGUGAGCUGGCUACCCUGUCUCCAAGAGGCCUGGCGGGCAGAGGUGGCAGCACUCGGGAGCAGGAAGAACCUCGAGGACGUGCCCGCUCCUUCCAGUUUGUGCCUUCCGUGGGGCUACAGAACAGUAAGCUACUUAAUAAAACUUGCUGUCUGAACGGAGGGACAUGCAUCCUGGGCUCUUUCUGUGCCUGUCCUCCUUCCUUCUACGGACGCAACUGUGAACGUGAUACACGAAAAGAACACUGUGGGUCUGUCCUCCAUGGCACCUGGCUGCCCAAGAAGUGUUCCCUGUGCAGGUGCUGGCAUGGUCAGCUUCACUGUUUUCCUCAGACCUUUCUACCUGGCUGUGAUGGCCAUGUGAUGGACCAGGAUGUCACAGCAUCCAGGACUCCCGGGCAAGCACCGUCUGUGCCGACCACGUUCAUGCUAGCUGGGGCCUGCCUUUUUCUAGAAAUGAAAGUAUAGGUGUCACGUGAAUUCGAUGCCAACCGGUGUCAUAACAAAGAUGUCAUUUAUCUUAAAAUAAUGCUCAGAUGCGAUACCUAACACUCCCCCUCUAAGUACUAACUAGGCCUUCACCUCUGCGCCGAUCCCGCCCUUUCCGGCUGUGCUGGCAGUCCAAGCCACAGCCUGUGGGUGCCAAGUGCUCUAAGGCUGAGCUGUACCCCAGCCUAAAGGCAUCGUACAGGAAAGCUGUAGAGGAAGCUAGGGUCUGUGCAGAGGGACCAGCAGGUAGGAGGGAAGCAGCUAAGACAGACUGAGGAGAACAGAGUGGGUGGUUUGACCGGUGCUUAGGUAGGACAGAAAACUGAGUUAAAAAGCUUAGUCGUCCAGCCAAGCAUGGUGGUCCACACAGGACGCUAAAGGCCAUCCUGGGCUAUGUCCUGAGCACCAGGUCAGUGAAGGCUAAAUGGCAAGACCUCGAUGCAGAAAACUCCAAAAGUGAAAGCUCUUCCACAAAAUUAUGAAAGCUCUCUCCAACCUGUACCAUUAUAUCGACUGCUGUAGAGGGGAGAAAAUGUUUAUGGUAUUGCUGGUAAGACAGGUUAUAGAACUACGGAUCCUGAAGUCCGUGCUUCUGAGUAUGCACUAUAAAAAAAAAUG